UUAUGCGAGUAAACCAACCAGAUUAAACGUUAUCAUCGCAUUCGUCGAAUUUCACUUGCAUAAAUCAUUAAUACUACCAUUUGCGUUCAAGUAUGAAGCGUAAGCCGUAAACGAUUUAACGGGUUUGUUUACGUUUUAAACAUUGGGAAUUUGGGAUUACUCGUUCAAGUUCAAACUAAGAAGUUUACGCUUUUACGGAUUUUAACCAUGACCAUUGCUCAUUCCGGUUAUCAACUAGGCGGAAUUUUUCUACCGAACGGAAUUUUCUUUUCAAUUGUGAGAAAUAUAAUAGUUAACAUUCACCGAAGGUCCGAAGGCAAUGCAAAGUCUCAUUACUGAACGAAACAAUCGUUAAAAUACAGUUUCCCAUUGGCUAACAGCGCUGAAUCCGUAGAAUAGCAAGCUCUUAUUGGACAAACGGCUUAAUUUAUUCGCAGGAAAGUUGCCAGCUUGGAGAAUUACUGAACGCUUGCAUGCUUACGUACGGAACGCGAACAUGGAAUUUGCUUGCAUGAGGUGUUAUAACUUUGGUCCUGUGGCAUGUCACAAAUUUUAUAUUUCACAACUCGGGGAAACGGUAUACAGCUUAGUGAGCUUACUCACUAACUUAAGACUUAAGUAACUUUCUAGGAUCGUCGUGCAUGUAGCUCUGUGCAACUGAAUAUAUCCCAGUUUUAAAUCAUAGUAAUUGCUUGAAUAUAAUAUUACGAAAAUAUUUCUUUAAUUCUUAAAUUCUUAAAUCUGCUCAUGAAUCAAAUGAUAUUACUUCACUGUACAUGUAGCGAUAACAAAUCGUUAUUUCACAGGGGGUAAGGUUUUAUAUAACUCGCCGAUAGAAAGGGAUCGCUAUAUAUAUGGAAAGUUUUAUUGCUCUUUAUUACGUUGUCGGGGCCGCACAAAUAAAUAAUGUUAUUCCUUUGUGACUCUUGUGGCUUCGCCUAGAAACGUUUCAUAUGCAUGUUUUUAAACUCUGCACCGACUGCACGAUUAUGAACAACUUGACAUGUACGACACGAUAAGUUAGGAAAUCUAAUGAUCUAUAGAUUAGGCGUGUACAGGUACCGACAUAGCUAUGUUCGACCCGAAAUUGAUGUUAGCGAAUUGAAGCACAAUAAAUUCUUCUGAAUUUGCACAUUCUACAAUACAAACGAUAAGUGCAUAUGAACAUGUACAUAUAUUAAAAAAUAAUGCUGCCAAUCAGAUAAUGCUUCCACACUUUCGCAACAGAAAUAAAAAAUAUGAUGGACUUCCCUUGGUAAACAAGGUCAGAACUGUAUGUAAAACUAAUUAAAACUGAGUUCCUAACAAUCCGGUCUUAUUUCAUGUCACGUCCGCGUCGAGGAUUUGGUGCAUCUUAGAAGCUGUUUACAUAAGCCCGGUUAUUCGAGAUAGAUGAUUCGGUGGAUAACACGAUCCUGGCAGUCGUAUAAUAACCACAACGAUAGCAUGUGCUUGUUUGGUGUCACAAAGACUUAUUUCAAUACCUCAAAGUCCUCUCACGCUUCGUUGAAUCUCGCGCAACCGGGCUAAUGUAAACAGCUCCUUAAAGUGUAUAUGCAAGGAAAAAUGAUAAAAUCAAAAUUGUGAAAUUCCGAGAUACUUUAAUGUCCUGGACUAGAUAAAAUACUUUUUGGUUGUAAAAGCACUGUUAAGGUAAAAUCUUCAAAUCAGCCUGAAACAUACGGGAAUUACCCAUUUUUUCCAUCGUAAAUUGUUGAAAAACUGGUACCGAGAGUUUCGGUCUUGUGACGUAUGCAGACACAGCGUGUAUUCGUGACACAGCUGAGCUGCUUGGCUGCACGAAAGCAACACAACAUUACCGAUCGCGACUCGCAAGACAGUGACUUAUUUGUUGCAAUAAUCGCACGAUGUCCGAUAACGAAAGCUUGGAAUCACAGACGGCUAAAAAACAGUCGACAGAUAGCGAAGACGUUGCUGAACAGUCGUCUGUUGUACAGCCUUAUGAGCUUGAGCCGGUUGCCGACAGCGAUUAUGAGGAAGAUGAGGUAGACGAAACUGACGAAGGCGGAAUUUUGCUCGAAGAAACCCUCGAAGCAAAAUUAAAAAAAAAAGGAGCAGCCAGUUCGUGUGAAACAGCGGAUGAAAAGAAACUAGUACCUGUUGGACAAUUGUUCCGAUUUGCUGAUGGCAGAGACAAGUUUCUCAUGUUCCUUGGCGUGAUUGGCAGUAUAAUAUUUGGCGCUAUUGCACCAGUGCAAUGUGUAUUGAUGGGGGAACUUGUUGAUGAUUUCGUGGAUUUUACGAUUUGCCAAAAGAAUGCGAACUGCACUGAUCCACCUGACUUAGAAGACUCGAUGACAACAAUAGGGUUGUGGUAUGUCGGUUUCUCGAUUGCUAACUUCCUUUUUGCUUGGAUGGGAUUGGGUCUCUUUGGGUUAGCCGCUGAGAGGCAAGCACAUAAAAUGAGGUUGGCGUUAUUCCGAAGUGCCGUUCAUCAAGAAAUUGGUUGGUUUGAUGCUCACACGAGUGGUGAGUUGAUCAAUCGCUUGACGGAGGAUAUAAACAAGAUAGCUGAUGGUAUUGGAGCGAAGUAUGGGCGCAUAUUGUCAAGUAUCGUUUCCUUUAUCGUGAGUUAUGCAAUCGGUUUUGCUUACGUUUGGCAGUUGACACUUGUUAUGUUUAGUCUAUUUCCGCUAAUGGUGAUUGUCGGUGCUAUGAUGUCGAAGCUGACAGGAACUUACGCCGCAAAAGAGUUGGAAGCGUAUUCUAAGGCCGGACACGUGGCGGAAGAAAGUAUUUCAUCGAUAAGGACAGUAGCAGCAUUUGGAGGCGAAUUAAAACAAGCAGAUUUAUAUGAAUCAAAGCUGGAUGAUGCUGCUAAGUACGGAAUCAAGAAAGGUUUUGGAACCGGUGUUGGCAUGGGAUGUUUUCAAAUGGUGAACUACAUCAAUUACGCGCUUUCGUUUUGGUACGUCAUCAAGUUAACCCGAGACGGUGAUGCCACUGCUGGAGAUGGGAUGCUGGUAUUCUUUGCCGUAAGCUUAGGAUCAUUGAUGUUGGGGCAAGCGGCUCCCAGUGGCGAAGCACUGGCUGCUGCCCAGGGAGCUGCUUUUGCCGUAUUUCAUAUCAUCGAUAGGAAAUCCGAAAUAGAUGCCUCAGCUGAUGGCGGCCUAAAGCCGACGACUAUUAGGGGUGACGUCACUUUUUCAAAUGUAGAUUUUUCUUACCCAACUAGAAAAACGGUCAAGAUCCUUGGCGAUUUUAAUUUGGAAGUGAAAAGUGGAAAAAGGGUUGCAUUAGUGGGAGAGAGCGGUUGUGGAAAAAGUACGAUCGUCAAACUUGUGCAGAGAUUUUAUAAACCUCUCCGCGGAACUGUUUUGAUUGAUGGUAAUGAUAUAUCAACAUUUAACGUGAGGCAUCUUCGUCGAUUCAUCGGCGUGGUUAACCAAGAACCGGUCCUUUUUGCAACAACCAUCGCAGAAAAUAUUGCAUUUGGCAAGGAAGGAGCAACAAAAAAAGAAAUUGAAGAAGCUGCACGGCUGGCAAAUGCACACGACUUCAUCACGAAUUUUCCUGACGGCUACGAGACUCUUUGUGGCGAACGUGGAGUUCAAAUGAGUGGUGGACAAAAGCAAAGGAUCGCUAUCGCGAGAGCACUCAUACGUAAUCCAAAAAUCUUGUUAUUAGAUGAGGCAACGUCGGCGCUCGAUUCAGAAAGUGAAGCAGUUGUUCAAGAAGCUCUUGAUAGGGCAGGAGAAGGUCGCACAACUAUUAUCAUAGCUCACCGACUAUCGACAGUGAGAGAUGCCGAUAGUAUCGCGGCUGUAAGCGAAGGUCAUAUUAAAGAAAUUGGUUCGCAUGAUGAGUUAGUCGCAAAGAAGGGUCUCUACCAUACAUUGUUGAAAAUGCAGGAAAAAGGAAAGGACGAUGUCAGCGAUGAUGAGGAUGAUAUGAGAGCAGAAAACGAUUUUGAGAGGGGUGAAGCAAUUGAUGGAGCGUUCAAACUGGGUUCUGUUGGUGGAAGUACAUUAAGCGGUUCAUUCGUUACGAAAACGCAGAUUGAUGAUGAUGGAAGAAAACCAGUAUCAUUUAGGAGUUUGAUCAAACUGAGCGCUCCAGAAUGGAAAUACUUGGUUGUUGGUUGUUUUGGUUCAAUCUUGUACGGGACCUUUCCCUUUCUCUACGGAAAAGCUUAUGGCGGACUUUUUGAUACAUUUAGUUAUGAUCCGAAAAUUCCGGAUGAAAACGAAGAAAUGGAUGAUGAGAGCAAAAAGUGGGCAGUCGUGUUUCUUCUUAUCGGGCUAGAAAGUGGUAUUGGAAUAUUCUUACAGAAUUGGUAUUUGGCGAAGGCUGGCGAAGCGUUGACGAAAAGAUUACGAAAGAAAGCAUUUCUGGCAUUCCUUCGUCAGGAAAUUUCGUACUAUGAUCUUCCUAAUCAUGGAACCGGAGCAAUUUGUUCCAGGCUGGCGACAGAGGUCUCGUCUAUUCAAGGGGCAACUGGGCCACAACUUGGAUUACUUCUUGCUGGUAUUGUGACCGUAAUUGGUGGCCUAAUUGUUUCCUUAACUGCAUCUUGGCAACUGGCAUUACUCAUGAUGGCUUUCAUCCCCCUUCUCGUGGGAAGUGGGAUGUUCAUGAACGCCUUUUUCGGCUCCUCAAAAGAAUCCCUAAGUAGAGGUGGCAACACCGCUGAAGAAACGUUUUCUAAUAUCCAAACAGUCGUAUCAUUAGGAAGAGAGGAGGAGUUCUACCAAAGAUAUCAAGAAGAGAUGAUUAUUCCAUACAGACGUGCAAAGAAAACUAGCCAUUUUUCUGGGCUUUCCAACGGUUUUUUCUUUGGAAUCAUGAAUUUGAGCUAUGGAGCAGGAUUUCGUUAUGGCGGAUAUUUGGUUGAAGAAGGUGACGUCAAUAUAGAGGAAAUGAUGACCUCAAUAAUCACCGUAUUAAUAUGCUGUGUUGUGCUUGGACAACUGGCGUCGAUAACACCGGAUUACAAAAAAGCAAAAGAAGCAGCUGAACGAGUAUUUUAUCUCCUGGGUUCAGUCCCCGACAUCGACGUUUACUCAGAGGAUGGAUCGAAGCCGGAAACGUGCAACGGUGAGAUUACAUUCGCCGGUGUUAGAUUCCGUUACCCUACCCGACGAAACUUGAAAGUUCUUCGUGGUCUUGAUCUAACUGUUAAACCAGGUCAGACCGUCGCAUUGGUAGGAACAAGUGGGUGUGGAAAGAGUACAACAGUCUCAUUGGUCGAAAGAUUUUAUGAUACGAGCGCGGGUCAUGUGAUGGUGGAUGGGGUUGGUGUGGGGCAACUCAAUUUGAAGUGGCUUCGACGUCAAAUAGGUGUAGUUUCACAAGAGCCGGUUUUAUUUGAUUUAUCGAUAAGAGACAACAUUGCUUUUGGUGACACGUCAAGAAAAGUUUCUGACAUGGAAGUAGAAAAGGCAGCGCAAGAGGCAAAUAUUCACCAGUUUAUCGUAUCCUUGCCUAAGGGCUAUGACACAAUUGUCGGAGACAAAGGGACCUUGAUAUCUGGAGGACAAAAACAGAGAAUUGCAAUAGCACGGGCUUUGAUUAGAGAUCCAAAAAUUUUAUUAUUAGAUGAAGCAACAUCGGCUUUAGAUACAGAAAGUGAAAAGGUAGUUCAAGAAGCUCUUGAUAAAGCCAGUAUUGGGCGAACAACACUUGUUAUUGCUCACAGAUUGUCUACAAUACAACAUGCUGAUGCUAUUUGUGUAAUUCGCCAAGGCCGAGUGGUUGAGCGUGGAACUCAUCAUCAAUUGCUCGCAAUGAAAGGAAUCUACUACGCUCACAAUAAAGCACUAUCUUUGAAAAAGGAAUAAAUUCAUUACCUUAACUCUCUCUUUUCAUCCAUAAUGGGACUUGUUACCUUUUUUGAUAUUUUCAGUUAGUGUAUUAUAAUUUCGCAU